UUUCUUAAAUAAAUUAUUACAUAUCUUUGCUCAAGUAUGCGAUCAUCAUCUCCUUUCUUUUAUAAAGUUCUUGAGUGAAUUUCCUCCAACUUCGUGGUUUGUAUCUGCAAACUGUGUUGUGUUAAACCCCAAGGUGUUGUCAGAGUCACUUGGUUUUUGAUCAGCUUUGCAUCUAGAUAAAGUGAGCACCUUUCUUCUUUUUCUGGUUUACAUCAUAAGUUAAAAAGAUGGAUAGUGGUAACUAUGGACCGUCUUCGUACAACAGCACGGGAUAUGGAAGAGAAAAAGACUUCCAGAAGGUUGCUCAUACCAUCGGAACUAAUAUCCAGAAAAUCUCCCAAAAUGUAUCCUCCAUGAAAAAAAUGGUGAGUCAGCUGGGGACUCCACAAGAUUCUGCUAAUUCCAGGCAGAAACUCCAUCAAAUUCAACAUUACACGCAGCAGCUGGUCAAAGAUACAAGUGAGAAUAUCAAAGAACUUGCUGAUAUCCCAAUUCCACCUCUUGAGCAGAGACAAUGCAAAAUGCAAAAGGACAGGCUCUUUGAUGAAUUCACAACUGUAUUGAAUGCUUUUCGAGAGACUCAAAAAAAGACCUUGCAAAAAGAGAGUGAGGAAUUAAAGAAAGGAAGAGCAGAUUCUGUGUCCAUCAAAAUUCCAGGACCGCCAUCCAAUGAUGAUCCUUUCAGAGAGAGUAGACAUUCCAAUCUUAUAGAGCUUCGAGACUCAAAUAGUGAGCGAAUGCAAGCUCAAAGGCAACUGGAAAUAGACGAAGAGGAACUUCGUAUGCAGAUUGAGCAAGAGAAAGCUAUUAGACAAUUAGAGGGUGAAAUAAGUGAUGCAAAUCAGAUCUUCAAAGAACUGGCUGUGUUAGUGCAUAGUCAAGGUGAGAUUGUAGAUAGUAUAGAAGCCCACGUGGAAAACACGGGUAUAAAUGUGCAGCAAGGUGCCAACCAUCUUCGAGAAGCUAGUAGACUAUCGAAUAAACUCCGGAGACAGAAGUGUCUGUGCUACAGUAUAAUUGGUACUUUUACAUUUGUCAUGAUUUUAGUCUUCAUCCUCUGGAGUCGAGAUUAGUUGCCUAAACCUUUUCAGAAGUCAAUAAUGAAAUUUUCUACAGCCGAUCAUGGUUCACUUGUGUUUUUAAUUUAUUAUUGUAAACUCUAACUUACUUGUGUCAUUAUUUUCACUUAAUCCUUCAGAGCUUACGAGAUUCACUGCCAAACGGCAAAAAUCUUUGUAUGAGUCAAAUUUUGUGCUUUUGUACUUGCUGAUCACUUGCUCUGCAAAUUGCACUCACCAAAUUGAGGUCACGCAAGUGAGGAAAGUUUUUACUUUUCCCCAGUAUAGUCUGAUGACUUGAAAAACUUUCCUUUUGUUGAUGUUAGAUAGCAUUUGCACUUUCAAUUGAUAUAAGUGGUUGUUAGCACAGGUAAUGAAAAUAUUUUUUGAAAGCUGAAGGAUUUUGGUUAUUGUGGUGUAAGUGUUACACCCUGUUAUUGUGAUUGCCUCUCCUUUAGAAUAGACAACAGGAAAUCGGCUCAUUUUGCGAAUGGGCUGUUGACAAAUUUUCAUCUUAAAACAUGCAAAAAGUGACAAAAAGAUAGCGACUGAUGUUGGAUAUUAGAGGAAAAUUGUUGGUGUAAGCAUGAAUAAUUUUUUACCGCCUUUUUUGUGGAAUGGACCAAAAAUUGGCCAUUUUGCAGAAUGACCAAUCACCAUAAUGAGGUGUAACAUAAGCACUCUUUGGCAGAUGUGUAAGAAGAGCCUACUCUUUCCAAUUUCCUCAGAAAAUCCUCCAAGACUCUCCUAUCUCUCUUGAGCAGUAUCAUUACUUCUCUCUUUUCCAAAAAACUUUUCAGUCAUCUCUGUACUGCACUAUAGUUUGUGCAAAUGAAUUAGGAACUAUUUUUUCGGACAUUAGCUCAGACUUUGUGAAUGACAACAUGUAAAGAUGGUAUGAUGUGUGUCUGUAUUUUACCAAUACAUCUGUUCUUAAUCAAAGAUCGAUAGCUUAAUUUUAGAAAAAUGCGUAUUUUGAUUGCAACGUUUAAAAAUCGCAGAUUUAUGUUUUAAUUUCUUCAAGCAAAACUUAUCAAAAUAUUUCCUUGCAAUUUACUGUGAUGUUUUUAGACUGAGUGAGGAUAAUACAUAGAAAAUGUUAGGCAGAACUUUUUGUCUGUUACUCUUUAAAAAAAUAAAACGUGAGUACAAAUACAACGGCGCCAUCUGAAAUACGCAUUUUUCGAUUUUAGCCAUUGUUACGUUUUUCAAUGGUGCUGUCAGCUAAAUCUAAAAUCAGUGUAAAUAUUAAUCAGUAUUGAAAUUUGAAAAAAAUUGUCGUGUCAAUUUUCUUCAGUCAAUGGGCAAAAAGACUGGUUAACAAAGCGACAGAUCAAACGGUAAACCAACAGUUUCAUGCCGCGAUAGGCUCGGUUUGGGUUUAACAGGUAAUUAGGUCUUUCAGGUAAUUAUCAUUCAUGGUGAGGAAAGUAGCAGUGGUUUUCAUCACUGAAAUAUUUGCAAAAUCCUGAUGUAUUACUUUUCAAGCCUCAUUCUGGAUGUACAAGGAUAAUGUAUGAUAUUAAAGCUUAUCCAUGGUCUUGAUUUGUCGCAUGCAGAAAAAUAUCAAUUAUAGAAUGUAAAAAGAAGGUACCUAAGCAUAUUAUCCUAUCCUAUUUUAGAUUCUUGCCCCUCUCAAGAUUCCUGAAUUAUCAAUCAAAAUUCUAAAAAUAGUUUCCUUUUAUUCAAUGUUGAUUCUGCAAGCCUUUUAAUAGGUCUGUAGGCAAGGUAUGAAUGAAAGCAAUGUGCAGGACGUUCUCUCUUCAAAAUUUUACAAGGAAAAUGAAUUUUCUGACAGAAACCCUCAGAAUGAACUCAUGAACAAGUUGUAAAUAACUUUUGAGGUGCAUCUUGCAUGUGUUGAAUACAAUGGAAAAAGGUUAAAGAUACGAACAAAAUAUAAAAUAACCCUACGAAUUCCAAUUUUGCGUGUUGUGAUAUAUGUACAUUUUUAACCUUUUUCUUUUAAGAUAUAAAUAUUUAUUAUUAACUCGGGUUAAAUGGCUAGAAUACAAAGUACAUUAUUGUACAAUCUAACUUCCAUGGUAUCUAUAAUGGAAAUACUUGUCAAAAUCUGGUUCAGGAGUUAAUUUCCAAACUUCCAAUUGUCAUUGUUUUCCACCUAAGAUUCUGAAGAGAAACAUGUGACGAGUUUUUCUGUCUCAUACCUUGUCUACAGGCCCAUCGAUAGUUUUAAUGAUUUUUUUUUCUUGCUGAGAAAAUUUUUAGGGAAACACCAGUGGUGUCUCACUCUCAAGUUCAUUUAUUUUACCAAUGGUUUUUAACAUUUUAAUUAUUUUUUGUUCUUACACAUGUUUGUUAUUUCAUUUUAAAAGUAUUAUUUUAAAAAAUCUUUAAAACAAUCAACUCUCAUUUAUUUACCUUUAAGUAUCACUGAGCAGAGAGCAGGUGAAUUUCUACUUAAUAGAGUUUCUCUAAAUUGGGUAAUGCAAUCUAGAAAAGGAGGAUAUUCAGUGUUACUCUCAACUUCUGUCCUAAGUCAGUCCUUAUCAUCAAAAUAAUGCAUUUGUUAGUACAUAUUUAUCAUCAUUGGAGUGCUCUGAUGAAAGAGAGGCAAUUCCGUCCCAGCUGAACUGAAUAAUAAAAAAUCAUAAGUAUCCUUCCAAGGACUCAGAAAACUAAGGUUUAGGUCAAGAUAUGCAAUUAUGCUACCAAAUGUGAAGAAGGGAAAAUAAUUAGAAAACCUUGUUAUUCUAUGUGUAAGAUGUAGAACAGCGCUACAACGCAGUAAAGAAGGGUGAGAAAGAUCAAACGAACUCAAAAAUUUUCAGGCAAGUAUGCAGCCAUCAUCAAUCUGACGAAAAUGAACUAACUCACAUUAACCUACUAUUAACAUUGGUUUGUUUUAUUUUGCCCGGGAAUAAUAAUAGCUGCCUAACUGGCUGAAGCGUUUCGGGCUCUCUUCACCUUUUUGAGCCUUAUUCUUCGCAUUUUAGCAUUAUUUUUCAUCUCUAGUAUGUGUCAUGGGCUGCUCGUGGUUUUCUUUGUCCUUAUUACAUCUAUACUAUGUCUUUAGAUCAGCUUUUAUAGAUUAAAUAUACCAUUCUUUCAUCAAAAUUAAAGAUCGGCAUUUUUGUAAGACUCUUUUGUCCUUUCCAUUUACAUAUGAUUUCAAUUGGUAUGUUUAAGUCGCAUUUAGCCGAUGAUGGUUAAUUUUUUGUGCUUAUCAAGUGUCGGUGCUACAUCUUUAGCUAUGAUGAGCAUUCAAGAAUGUUUCAGUGAAAUAUUGUGUUUUUCCUCACACAGAAAAUAACCUCAAUUUUAUUCCUCGGUGAAACUUUACUGUUGGGUACCCUGGUUGUGCCCUAAUUCAGUCUUAUUUCACUAUUUAUUACAGGUUCUUUAGUGCAGGCUAGUAUUAUUUGUAUCCGUUUGAAUUUUUAUUAUUUUUAUUUUAAAUAUACAUAUUAUAUAUUUCAGUUAAA